AUGUUUGAUCAUCGUCAUGUGCAACGUCACCGCCAGAAGGACGCCGAAGCUGGUGGCGAAGGACUUGGAAACCUGGCCACCCGAAAGCGACUGUGGAAGGACAGCCAUGGACGAGUGGUGAAUGCAAGUCGCAUACAGAAACCGGCAACUACAUCGAUUCCCAGCACUCUUACAGCCGAUGUCCCAGCUGAGAAAGUUGCGGUGGACGAUUCGAGUUACGCCCUAAUGUCUCCACCAGCAUCAACUUCGAGCAGUGCGUUGGAGCCAGUGGAACAUGAUCCCCAAGCAAAGUUCACAUACCCUGAGGCUGCGUGGGAAGCAAUGGAUAUGAGCUUUGGUCCCCCGUCAGAUGUCAAUGAACUCGACCUCUGGGGAGACUCUAGUUGGGCGAAUCAGCCAUUCCAAGCCAUGAUGGGAACGUCAGAUGAUCUACCCGACAACGAGGUGACCUUUCCCGAUACCACAAUUUCAUUCAAUGCUUCACUUCCGACACUCCAGUACUACAGCUGGCUGUUCGGAAACGACAUUGCCACCAACAACACUGAACCCUUGCCGCCAAUAUCGGAUACCUACCAUGGAGAUACUAAUGAUCAUCCCAUACAGGAACUCGUCAAUGAGGCUGGUUUGGGACCAGAUCCUCACGAACAGCUACCCUCUAUCAAACCUUUUAUUGGCAAGCCAUUUGGGACCCUCAAGUCUUAUUUGCAACCACGCCCUCAAGAUAACGCGCUCUUCACACCAGAAUCCGGGCGCAGUUAUACAACCAUAAGUUCUCCCGCAAUGGCAGCCUCGCCUGAGACUGGUGGCUUAUUCAACUAUACUUCACCUGCAGUGAAUCAAGCCUAUAGCAAGGAGUUUGGUGUACUGGGGAUUGACAAUGCCUCCCUCUACUUUUCCUCGAGGCAGCAAGCCGAUGGCCAGAAUCAAGAAGGGCACUCUCUCAUAGAACCCAUCGACUCAGCUCCACCUGACGCAUGGAUACGAACACAGCAGAAGAAAUUACCAAUGAUCUCGAUCGAAGCUCGAGAUGGGCUGCUGCAGCUAAUCUCUCAAACUCGCCCAACCAGAAUGGACCAAACUGAAAUCAGCCCUUGUGAUCCAUUGCUGUCACUGGCAGCUUUGCAAUGCUAUAGCGAUCUUUUCUUCAUCCACUUCAACUCGACGUACCCGUUGAUACAUCCGGGGACGUUUUCAAGCUCCGCAGUGCACCCCUUGAAGCUGAUGUCCAUCAUCCUCUUGGGCGCAACAUAUAGCGAUACCAGAGCACAUUCCUUGGCAAUCUGCUUACACGACAUGAUGCGGCCGUUGAUUCACAGUCACAAAGAAUUUGGGCCAAGGCCGAGUUUUUGGAUGUUACAGACAAUCUUGCUGGUAGAAUGCUUUGGUAAGAGCCGUGCUGGAGAGCGGCAGCACGAUGUCUCAAAUAUCUACCAUGGGCUCCAGAUAAACCUUCUCCGAAGAAGUAAUUGCCAUAAUGUCAGCAACCCAACUUGGGACGAGAAUAGAGAAAGCUUGCAAGAGUAUUGGAACGCAGCAGUUCAAGCCGAAGAGAAGAGAAGGCUUGCAAUGAUUUCCUUUAUGUGGGAUACACAACAUGCCACUUUCUUUGCCCAGAUCCUCUGCAUGAAUGCCUCCGAGUUGAAGGUGGCUCUUCCUUGGGACACUGCCAUUUGGGAGGCCGAAACCGCAGAAGGCUGGCUUCGUCUUAUGAAAAAUUCAUCGCCCCCGCCCCAGUUCCUCACCAUCCUGCAAAGGUACACCGAUCCAAGAGCAUCAUUUGCACCACUGCAUUUGAAUGCCUUGUCCAGAGUUUUGGUUCUACAUGGACUCAUGUCACUCUCGUGGGACUUUAGACGACGUGAGCAGACGGCAUUGACCCGAGAUGUCACUCCAAAUGGAGUCCGUUGGCAAACCAAGAUCAGCGCCUGCUAUGCCAAGUGGAAACAAGAUUUUGAUCGUUACACUCGACUCGUUUUAUCGUCUUUGCCUGCAGAUUCCGCGGAGCACGCCAGUUUCCAACGCUGCGCUGUGGCAAACUCAGCUGUCUAUCACACAGCUCAAAUCGUGUUAGAAGUCGAAAUUGCUGAUUUGCAGAUUCGAGGUGGUGCAAAGCAUAUCACCGGACGGCAGGUGACCGACCUCGACCGCCAGCGCUCUCAAACGAGAAUCAAAGAUUUUGUUUCCCGAGAUGGAGGCAAAAGUGCUGCACGAGCAACUUGGCAUGCCGCCCAUCUGAUCCGAGACGGUAUCAGGAAACUUGAGAAUUGGGCUGUGGAUGAAAUGAUACAUUUUCCCUGGUGCCUGUAUCUUGCAACUCUGACAUGCUGGACAGCGUAUGGGGCGGCCGUUGAGAUGUUUCCCACAAACCAAAUGCCCUUGCUUGUGGAUACAAUAUUCCCAGAUUCGGGUGAGGCCGACAAUGACAACGAUUGGGAUUCGAGGACAGACAUGAAAGCCCUUAUCAGUGCUCUGACAAGGCUUGACCCUUCCAGACCCACAUUUGUAAAGGAUAUCUGGGCAGUGUCCGGAAAGUAUAGACCAUAUGGACUAUUAGCGUGCAUGGCAAAGCAUUUGGGAACAAUUAGAUGGGCUGUGGUGAAAGAGGGUAUGAAAGUGCUCAGGGAGCUGGUGAACAACGCCAGUGAUGAUAUUUAG